UUCUUGUCGUUUCACUAGGAUGUCUUUCUUUGCCUCAUGCUAAUGCUGACUGUGAGUGCUGCUUCUCUAGUGUAAACCGUGUGAAAACAAAAGACAGAAAUAAGCUAAUAACAGAAACCGUAAGAGACAUGAUCCUAGCGAAGCAGUGUGUUGCGUCCACAUCCAGCAGUGACUGUACGACCUUCAAGCCAUCAAUCAAAGUCAAUGAUAAAAAACAUGACAUCAAGAGUGCUAUAUUCCUCCAAUGAAGAGAGUGCCGGGGCUGCUGACGACGUGCCCCAUGUAUAUAUAGAAGAACAAGACCACUAAUCUCCUACAUACAUCAAGAUCAAGAUCAAGUCUGGUGGAGGGAACAGAGGCGGCGUCCGCGUGGUGCUGUGGUCAGUGGUCAGGUCACGCCGAGUGUGCGGCAGAUUGCGCCUGUGUUUGAGCUGGCCUGGGUCACCUGUGGCCACCUGGCGGACUGGCGGCGCCUCCCUGGCCUCACCUGAGGGCGUGCAGGACAGCAGUGGCGAGACGGCAAGACCCCACCAGCAAGUCCAUUCUGCCCCAGAGCCCCUCGGGUCAGUGGCCGGCAAGUCCUCCCGUCCAUUCUGCCCCAGAGCCCCUCGGGUGCCAGGUCUGCGUCCAGCGAAGGGACUCCCUCCGUGCAUCCUCGGCGCAGCCCCAGGGUUCCUGCAGGACCGGCCGCGGCCAGGAGCAGUGUUGCAAUGGAGGAUGUGACGCCAGGCAGCAGCAGCAGCAGCAGCAGCAGCAGCAGGAACAGCUGGGAGCAGCAGGCGACCCCAGGCGUGAGGACCUACACUUGUGACCACUGCGGCAAAGUGUGCUCCACCAAGGCUGCCAUUGCCAGACACGUCCUCUCCCAUGCCGGCAAGACAAGGCUGAGAGGCAGGAGUGGCCCCACUGAACACACUGCCACCCACACUGGCGGCAGGAACCACAAGUGUGACCACUGCGGGAAGACAUUUGCCCGGAAGAGUCAUCUUGCAUCACACAUCCUCACCCACACUGGGGAGAGAAAGUUCCAGUGCCUGGAGUGUGGGAAAAGAUUUACCCUAAAAGGUAAUCUUGACACACACAUCCUCACCCACACUGGGGAGAGAAAGUUCCAGUGCCUGGAGUGUGGGAAAAGAUUUACCCGGAAAGGUAAUCUUGACACACACAUCCUCACCCACACUGGGGAGAGAAAGUUCCAGUGCCUGGAGUGUGGGAAAAGAUUUAUUCAUAAAGGUCAUCUUAAUCAACACAUCCUCACCCACACUGGGGAGAGAAAGUUCCAGUGCCUGGAGUGUGGGAAAAGAUUUACCCAGAAGGGUUCCCUUGACACACACAUCCUCACCCACACUGGGGAGAGAAAGUUCCAGUGCCUGGAGUGUGGGAAAAGAUUUACCCAGAAAGGUGAUCUUAACAAACACAUCCUCACCCACACUGGGGAGAGAAAGUUCCAGUGCCUGGAGUGUGGGAAAAGAUUUACCCGGAAGUAUUCCCUUGACACACACAUCCUCACCCACACUGGGGAGAGAAAGUUCCAGUGCCUGGAGUGUGGGAAAAGAUUUACCCAUAAAUGUAAUCUUAACACACACAUCCUCACCCACACUGGGGAGAGAAAGUUCCAGUGCCUGGAGUGUGGGAUAAGAUUUACCCAUAAAUGUAAUCUUAACAAACACAUCCUCACCCACACUGGGGAGAGAAAGUUCCAGUGCCUGGAGUGUGGGAAAAGAUUUAUUCAUAAAGGUGAUCUUAACAAACACAUCCUCACCCACACUGGGGAGAGAAAGUUCCAGUGCCUGGAGUGUGGGAAAAGAUUUAUUCAUAAAGGUCAUCUUAAUCAACACAUCCUCACCCACACUGGGGAGAGAAAGUUCCAGUGCCUGGAGUGUGGGAAAAGAUUUACCCAUAAAUGUACUCUUGACAAACACAUCCUCACCCACACUGGGGAGAGAAAGUUCCAGUGCCUGGAGUGUGGGAAAAGAUUUAUUCAUAAAGGUCAUCUUAAUCAACACAUCCUCACCCACACUGGGGAGAGAAAGUUCCAGUGCCUGGAGUGUGGGAAAAGAUUUACCUGGAAGCGUUCUCUUGACACACACAUCCUCACCCACACUGGGGAGAGAAAGUUCCAGUGCCUGGAGUGUGGGAAAAUAUUUACCUGGAAGCGUUCUCUUGACAGACACAUCCUCACCCACACUGGGUCCUCCCGAGUGCCCAGGAGGUACAAACAGCCGCGGUCAAGGGAACAGUCGCCGUCCUGAAGAGAGCCCUCGGAUACACUGGUAACACUGCUUAGGGUGUAACUUUAGACCCCAGGCUUGGGGCCAUUGCACUCACCAAACAAUGAAACAAGAAAAUGCAGAAAACAGGGAGAGAAAGUUCCCAGGCCUGCAGUGUGGGAAAAGAUUUGCCCUGGCAAUACCAGUGGUGACUUGUGGGUGUGGUGUGGUGACUGGCCACAACAUUACUGCCACAAACCAGCUGGCAAUACCAGUGGUGACUUGUGGGUGUGGUGUGGUGACUGGCCACAACAUUACUGCCACAAACCAGCUGGCAAUACCAGUGGUGACUUGUGGGUGUGGUGUGGUGACUGGCCAAAAGGUUUAUCCUGCAAUGUAAUGUUGACAAACAUCCUCACCCACACUGUGGUAAGGAAGUACAGGUGUGGUGUUUGUGGCAGUGUUUGUGUAGCAAGAGUGGUGUUGCCAGACACAUCCAAACACACCUGUGGGGGGUGAGGUGUUGUGGAUGUGGUGGUGGUGUGUGAGGGACUUGGAGUGACUAGUGUUUGUGUGUUGUUACUUUGUACUCAAGUGUUGGAAUAAACUUUUGUUGCUAGAA